AUCAAAUAUUAACAAAUGUUAAUAUUUUUUUUAACUUUCCUCAAUUCACUUUUAGCUCAAGAGUAAGCAUCGCUACCUACACCGUCAUUGUCAUUUCUUAAAGGAAGUGAAUUUCAAAAUUUAAUGGAAACAUUAUCAGGAAAAUAAUAUGGAUAUACAAAAGCAUAAUUGGCAGAAAUAGGAGGUUAGAGUGUUGCAGAAUAUAUUCUCUAUUUAUCUAGAAUAGAUGUUCCUCUAAAGAGGGUUAUUUUUAUUAUUGGAUAAGAUUUUUAAGGUUCAACUUACCAAAACGGAUAUUUUGGAUUGGCAGCUGCUCGUUAUUUAGCAUAGAGAAAAGUAGAAGUUGAUGUAGUACUUUUAUAUCCAAAUGAUCCACUUAGAAGCAGAUUGGCUAUGCAAUGUAAAUCACAUUCGGCAACACUUCAUUUUGAUAUUCUUUAAAAUCUUCAAGAACAAUUAAAUGUUUAAAUGACUAAGAACAUUUUAGCUAAUUGGUUAAAUGAUUAUGAUCUAGUAAUAGAUGCCAUUACUUUGAGUUCUAUAGAAUAGCCAAAAACUCCAAUUAGAGAAUUCAUGCAUGCUUUUUCAGAAGUAAAUAAAAAAGUACUUGCAAUUAAUUUACCUGUUGGAUGGCAUACAGAUAAUGGAAAUCUGUAUAAUGUUUAUGUGCCAUAAUUUGUAAUCUCUUUGGGAUUGCCUUUGAAAGGUAUAAAAGAAUUUGAAGGUCAGCAUGCUAUUGGAGGUAGAUAUAUACCUUAAACUAACACUUUUAAUUAUGUUUUGCCUAAAUAUAAAAUUGAAGAUCAUUUUCAUGUACUAUAAAAGUGA